AUGGUGGGCACAAUGGACCCAAGUCCAGGUUCGUUAAAUGAUCUGCUCCAGGAACUUAUAAAGAUCUCUGAGCAAACACUUGAGGACAACGAUAAUGUGAAGAAGCAUGCAUUACAGUGUCAUCCAAUGAGACAAGCACUAUUUGAUGUUUUAUGCGAGGUAAAGGAAAAGACAGCACUACAAAUCCGUACAGCCACCGACGACCAACCAGAAGAUCCACAGUUAAUGCGAUUGGAUAAUAUGCUUGUAGCCGAAGGUGUUGCUGGACCCGAUAAAGGCGCGCCGUUGUCGAGUGACGCCUCUGGAGGGGACCAGGCCGAUUAUCGACAAAAGCUUGGUCAAAUCCGGCUUGUAUAUAACCAAGAAUUGCAGAAGUAUGAGGAGGCUUGCUCUGAAUUUACGCAGCAUGUGAUGUCGUUGCUGAAAGACCAAUCACGAAUUCGACCUAUUAGUCAGAAGGAAAUUGAGCGAAUGGUAUCAAUAAUCCAGAAGAAAUUCAGUGGUAUUCAAGUUCAACUCAAGCAAUCUACAUGUGAGGCAGUAAUGAUUCUAAGGAGUCGUUUUCUUGAUGCUCGUCGUAAACGCCGUAACUUUUCGAAACAGGCUACAGAAGUUCUCAACGAGUAUUUUUAUUCACACUUAAGCAAUCCAUAUCCAUCCGAGGAGGCUAAGGAAGAGCUUGCUCGACAGUGUAACAUAACAGUUUCUCAAGUGUCCAACUGGUUUGGAAACAAACGAAUUCGUUAUAAAAAGAAUAUUGCUAAAGCACAAGAAGAAGCAAACAUGUAUGCUGCAAAGAAAGCGGCUGCCCAUGGUCUUGGAGGUCUCCCUGGUGCUAACUAUGGCAUGCUGGCUGGGUCAUCAUCAAUGCUUAACCCAUAUCAAGGCAUGUUGCCAGGUCAAGAUCUUAGCCAUAUGGGAAUGCCUCCAGGAUUUGACCUCUCUGCUUAUAAUCCCCAAUUGAUGGCACAGUACCAAGCAAAUCUGGAUAGUGACAAAUAG